AUGAAGAAUUUGGACGUGAUCCUUGGAAUGGAUUGGCUAUCAACUUACCGAGCAACCAUCUCUUGUUAUGAUAAGGAGAUAAUUUUUAGACCCGAAAAAGGAAUGAAAUUCAAAAUUUCUGGUUUGAAGAGAGGAAAUGCAACCGUACCAAUUACAUCAGCAGUACCAGCUAGGAAGCUUCUCUCUCAAGGAUGCCAAGGUUUCCUUGCGGCCGUGGUAGAGGAAAAGAAGGAAAUUAAAAUAGAAGAUAUUGAUGUGGUUAGAGAUUUCCCUGAUGUCUUCCCAACAAAUCUCAUGGGAGUACCUCCAAAUAUGGAAGUGGAAUUUACUAUUGACCUGAUACCCGGUACGACGCCUAUCUCUAAAGCACCUUAUCGGAUGGCACCAGCUGAACUAAAUGAGUUGAAGGAGCAAUUGUAA